AUGAGAACAUCACCAGCGAUCUACCAGCAGAGAGUCUCCAACCAUCUCAAGAUGGACAUAGAUAAGCUCAAAGCUGUCUUUCCUAGCGACUCAAUGUACUUCUGGAAGGAGCUUUCCUUGCUGUCUAAUGAGCAUCGAGACUGGCGUACGGUGUCGGAGGCGCUCAACGAGGCACAGAACCGUCGUUGCCAAGAGAAGAGACGAGGUGUGUCCACAGCGAGGAAAUGGUUGCCCCAAGAUGCUAAAGAGGCCAAGAAGGCCCUUGACGCUGGUGGCACAUUUGACCUAACCCUUCGAAUAAAGGAGCCGCCAAAGUCAUGUGUAACCGGGUCACCCCCUUUGGCCGAUGAACUCCCUGUUCCUGCUAAACCCAACAUUGUUACGGCCGAACUUCACAACUGGGACUGGUUUCGUCAGAUGCUUACGACAGGCGAAUUGAAGGAUCACAUCGAAGCCAUUGAAGCUGACCAGGCCGUUGUCUUUGUCGCCUACACUGGCGCAGAGUGGACAGAGAAUGGACUUGAGCAGUUCUACCGGGACAUGGAACCCCUCUGCGCCAUGCUUCCCCAUCUGAGGAUGUACCCCAGCCACGAUGAGUUUAUGGCUGUCAAUCUUAAAUUCCCCGACAUCGCAGCCAUGGACCGUAUCGCCAAAACUGCCCCAACGCUGUACGCCUACAGACCCCAGACCUGCUUUGGGAUGGGGAAAUGCACCCUCGAUACUCCCAAGGGCGAGAAGACCGUCAUUAAACGCAACUUCAGUGACGCUUCGAGCCACGUGAAGAUUGUACAAGGACCCACGGGCCACCAGCUCAAGCUGGCUUGCUUCACCGGAGAACGUGUCAAAACUAGACAACCUGAGCCCGAAAAGGAUGAGCCCAGCGCGAGAUGGUUUCACAUGGAGUACAUCCCCACUUUCAAGACGGUAGGCGAGUACAGAGUUCAUCUCUGUGGCGACAAUGUUGUUUCAAUCGGUAUUUCCAAGUUUGUCAAAGACAAGCUUGAGGUUCGGUCUGUCAGUGACGACGAUUUCGCAUGGUUCUCCAAGGGACAGGAGGAGCAGCAGAAGAAGCGACAAGAACUGUGUGACUUUGCUCGCUACCAACGAAAGAAGUUGCUCGAGCAACCAAAUGCCGACAAGGCUUUUGAGUCUCUCCGCGUUGGUGUGAGGAUCGACAUUGGUGUCUCGGAGGAGUCGCCCGAGGGACGGUUCUUUGGCCUGGAGCUUACGCGCUGGUGGAACGCGAAUCAGAUGCCUGCGUUCGUGCUUCCCGACCCUUACACGGAGGCUUCGUUGAAGUAUGGCAGGGCUUUGGCGAUGGAGUUGACUGGUCGCCGCUGA